AUGCGGAAGACUUCUGCACGAACAAAUCCCACUCCUGCCUUCUUGAAUGUCGAACAGGCGCGAGAUGUUGAAGAAAGAGCGGACAUGCUUAUGGUGCCGGGAAUCGCGUAUCUGGACAUUGUUCAGGAAACCAAGGACCGUUUCCCCAACCAUCCCUUGUUCAUUUACCAAGUGAGUAGCACACUAUUGACUGAUAAAUUACAUUGA